CCCCCCCCCCCCCCAGCACCUUUCAACCACAUUUAAACACGGACGUCUUUGCGUCUUUUGUUUUCCAGACGCACUGUCAUGUUCUUUAGAUCGUGCAUUUGUCUAGAUAACAAAAACAGAUAAAUAAAAAAAUUGAAAAUGGGUCUUUGAAAACGAGCAACAAUUUAAAACCAAGAUAUAGGAUUUAUUAGACGUCUUUUCCCCCUUUGACUCUUCAGUUCCAUAUUCCAGGUCGUUCAGAUGGAAGACAAUGUCGUCUUUUAUAUGUCCGUCCAGCAGUUUGGCCUGUUAAAAAAAAAAAAAAAAAGACUCAGGGUAUAGUAGAGCUCUUCUUUGUUAACGCCCACUUUUCAACCACAUUUUCACGUUUUUUAGGUGAAAGCUGGGGCGUUUUUCUGCGUUUAUUGCACAAAAAUGUGCUGUGUGGGAAAGGGUAGCCAUUUAACAAGGUUCAGGAUACAGCUUUGGGGUUUAAGCGCCGUUAUAUCCUUCUGUAUAAGCUAAUAUGUAGAAAUGAAUAGACAUCAGACGUCUUUUACAUGUUGGCAUUGUUUAGAUGGAAGGUAACAUUGUCCAUUUUUUUUCUCCUCUGAGGAAAGGGUGACUAUGUUAAAUAAAUGUAGGACGUAGGUUUGCCUUUUGAACCCCACCGGGUCCUUAUACGGGACAUUGAUCAAAAGUUAACAGGGACUGGCACACGUCUUCACGUUGACGUCUUGUAUGUGUUUGAGGAACGAAAGUUUACUCGGAGGGGAAAGGUUGACGAUUCGAGCAAGUUUAGACACACAAGCGUUGGCCCUGCAUCAAACAAAGGUGACGGAUUUGGAGACGUAGACGUCUGAUGUGGACGUCCCUUCACCUUUACCCGUUUCCGUCCAGCACGCUCGGCCCCCCUCACCUGAACCGGUUUGCGUGAACCACGUUGCUCAGCCGGAAUUCAAACGAAACGUCGCUUGGUGGGAUAGUUGGCUGUUUUCCCUUCGUUGGAGCCCUGUUAAAAAAAUAAAUAAAAUAUAAAAAAUAAAAAAAUACCUGAGAAAGUUCAGCUACUCUUCUACAAUAAAGGCUUUGAUUGGGUAAAAUCUGUCAGUUUUAAACAGAAGACGCGGGGGCGUUGGGCGCAGUUAAGAUUAGUUAAUAUGCAUCUUUAAAAGCUCACAAGCGUUCUGAUGUGAACAAUCUCUGGGAUUUUUUAAGUUUAUUUUUUCGCCCCCCCAGAGCUUAAAUAUGAAGAGCUACUGGCGUGAAAUGUGUGGCUGUGUGUGUGUUUUGUGUAUGUGUGUGGGUAUUUGUGUGUGUGUGUGUGGUGGGGGCGUUCUCGACUGACAUGCUCAAACAAUACGAGAAAGAGGAGUGCACGAAUCCGCGCACCCCGAGCUGGUCUCCUUCCCUGUAAUAGAGAGCGUCAGGCGCUUCUUAAAAAACCCAUUUUGUGGCUUAGUGGACUGGACUGGAGGAGCGAGGCGAGGACGAGCUGAGCGGACAGAGAUGUAAAUAAAAACAGUCGUGCAUGGCCCAGCUGAGCGAGGACUUUUGGGGUUGUUUUUUUUUUUUUUUUCAAUUUUUUUUUCCUCCCUUUUGGAUCAAUCAGGCAGAGAGUGGCUUCUUUUGAUUAAGCCCCAAAUUGUCAUUGGGCAGAGGUAAUCAUGUGACAGGCAAUUCGGUCCAAUUUCAACCUUGUCUCCAUGAAUUCUAUAGUUUAAUGGUAGCUCGGUCCCCAUACGGCCGUAAUCACUGAAACAGAAAAAAAAAACACAUCAGGGGAUUUUUUUUUUAAUUUAUUUAUAUAUUUUUUUUCUCUCUUCAUCGUCCUCAGUGAGCCGCGACGUUUAUAAAAAUACGGCGCCGCAAACUUUCCUCGGCUCUCAGGGAGCGGAGAUGAAUUACGAAUUCGAGCGAGAGAGCGGUUUUAUCAAUAGUCAGCCGUCGCUUGCUGAGUGCCUGACAUCUUUCCCCCCUGUCGCUGAUUCAUUUCAAAGUUCAUCAAUCAAGAGCUCGACGCUUUCACGCCCGACACUGAUUCCUCCUCCCUUCGAGCAGACCAUCCCCAGCCUGAAUCCGGGCAGCCAUCCGCGCCACGGCCGGCCCAGACACAGCCCCGAUGGCUGCAGCCCGCUGCCCACCGCCUCCUUACCCCCGGAGUACCCGUGGAUGCGCGAGAAGAAAGCCUCCAAGAGGAGCCACCACCUGCCGGGCUCCACCGCCGCCGCCGCCGCCAACGCCGCGGCGGCCGCUACCACCGCCGCCACCGCCAUCUCCAACGGACCGGUGUGCUUCUCCCCGAAAGGCUCGCCUGAGAUCGUGGAGGGAGCGGGUGGAGGAGGGGGCUCUCGCAGGCUGAGGACCGCGUACACCAACACGCAGCUGCUGGAGCUGGAGAAGGAGUUCCACUUCAACAAGUAUCUGUGCCGGCCGCGGCGGGUGGAGAUCGCGGCCCUGCUCGAUCUGACCGAGAGGCAGGUCAAGGUGUGGUUCCAGAACCGGCGCAUGAAGCACAAGCGCCAGACCCAGAGCAAGGAGAACCACGGCGGCGGGGACGCCAAGGGCCCCGGCGCCAACGACGACGGCAUCCACAGCGAGGAGGACGAGGAGGGGGGCGGCCUGCUGUACGAGCAGAGCGGGCCCCUCCUGGAGAGAGAUACCUGCUCCUUUCAGAACAACACACAGCCGCAGCAGCAGCAGCAGCAGCAGAUACAGCCGCAGCAGCUUCACAAUAACGGAGAGGCGGCCAGCUAUGACAAAAAUCUGAAACAUUUUCCCAACCCGUCACCCACUGUUCCGGGCUGCAUGUCAACAAUGGGCCCCGGCUCGGCAUCUGGGCCGGACAAUGGUGACAGCCCCUCUGCCCUGGAUGUUUCUUUGCACGACUUUCAGCCUUUCUCCUCGGAUUCCUGCCUGCAGCUCUCGGACACAGCCUCGCCGAGCCUCUCGGAGUCUCUGGAUAGCCCCGUGGACAUUUCCGCGGACACGUUUUAUUUUUUCUCGGAGUCCCUGACCACAAUCGACCUGCAGCAUUUGAACUAUUAACUCCGAAAAAGAAAAGUCCCCCACAACUUUUUCCCGUGUGUGUGUGUGUGUGUGUGUGUGUUAGAAAAUGCGUGUGUGUGUGUGUGUGUGGGAUAGGGAAAUCAGGCUCCGGCAGAAUUAACUCAUAUUGUUUGUAUGUGCGGCACAUUUAUUCUCUUGAUAUUUGACUUGACGAUUAAUACAAGGUAAGGACGGAAUUAAAUCACUGAAAUAGUUCUGCUUAUAAAGUAGCUUAAUUAUCAUAACAACAUGAUCACUUGGAAUGGAAAUUACGAGUGUGUGUGUGUGUGUGUGUGUGUUGUGUGAGAAUUAUCCAACAGUGUUAGACCUGUAUGAAACUGGGUCGUUUUUUAUUUUUGUAUAGUUUUCUUGGAUAUUUUUGUUAGAAUACAACUAACUUGCUACAAUCCUU